AUGGGUGUUGAGACAGGCACAGCAGCAGCAUGGGGGUUGGCCCUAGUGGGUGUUGAGGCAGAUACAGCAGCAGAAGGGGGGCGGGUCCCUAGGGCUGUGCUACUGGUAGCCGAGGGGCUUGACACACCCGCCCUCGCCCCUUCUGCAGAUGCAGCCACUGCUCCAGGCGUUGAGACAGGCACUGCAGAAGCAGGCGAAGGGCGGGCCCCUAGAGUCAUGCUACUGGCAGCAGAGGGCCCUGACACACCCGCUGCCCUCGCCCCUGCUGCAGAUGCAGGCACGGUGGCAGGCACUGUUCCAAGCGCUGAUGCAGGGACUGCAGUGGCCACUGCUGCAGGUACGAUUGCAGGCACGGUUGCAGGUACGGUUGCAGGUACGGCUGCAGGCACGGUUGCUGGCACAGUUGCAGGCACGGUUGCAGGCACGGUCGCAGGCACGGUGGCAGGUACGAUUGCAGGCACGGUGGCAGGUACGGUUGCAGGUACGGCUGCAGGCACGGUUGCUGGCACGGUUGCAGGCACGGUUGCAGGCACGGUUGCAGGCACGGUGGCACGUAGGGUUGCAGGCACGGUGGCAGGUACGGUUGCAGGCACGGCUGCAGGUACGGUUGCAGGCACGGUUGCAGGCACAGCUGCAGGCACGGUUGCAGGCACGGCUGCUGGCACGGUUGCAGGCACGGCUGCAGGCACGGUAGCAGGCACGGCUGCUGGCAUUGUCCCUCUGCUUCGUGCUGCUGCACCAAUUUCUGCUGUAACAGGCGCCGCUGGUGUUAAAGGUGUUCUAGGCGUAACUGGGGCAGGCGUAACAGUGGCCGGUGUUACAGGUGCUCUAGGGGUAACAGGUGUUGUGGAUGUAACAGGGAGUCUAGGUGUUACAGGGGCAGGUGUUACUAGUGGUUGCUGCUUCGCUUGUGGGGAAGCAAGUGGCAACGGCGAACGCGAUGAUGACGUGGCGGCCUGGCGGGCGGCAGAUGCCGGAGACACCUGA